AUGGUACUUUCCGACAGUGCUUCCAACUACAUACAAAGGUUGGACGAACAAGUUGCUGCAAUGACAGAAUCAUCAUCUGACAACAACAACAACAACAACAACAACAACAACAACAAGCGAAGUAUUAAUAGCAGUCUACGAAGAAUGAAGAUGCCUUCUGCACCCAGGGUGAAGGUGCCCAAGAAGUUGAAAGAAAUGAAAAUGCCUUCAGCACCAAUGGUAUACGUACCAAAGAUGAAGAGUGCCGUCAAGAAGAACCUUAAGGACAUCAAAAUGCCAUCGGCACCCAAGGUCAAUGUACGAGUACCCAAAAUGAACAUCCCGUCUGCUUCUAGUAACAAAGAAGUGGUUUCUUCCUAUCUAGCCAAACGCAAGGCCAAGAAAGACGAGAAGAAGAGAGCCAAAACAUUGUUGCUCUUGCAAACGGAACGUCAAGAUGAAAAGAAGCGGCUGCAACAAGAACGGCGCUUGCUCCAACGACAACACCAGCAACAGCAAUCCUAUCAUCAUCAUGAGGUCCUCCUUCCUCGUCGCAAAUUGCAAUAUCCUCCAGCCAUUGAACGACAACAUCAAGACGACAUCUUUAACGAAAUGGUUCCACUGCCACCACCACCAGUAGUGUCCGUGUCCUAUACAACACUAACAACAACAAAAGAAGAAGAUCAUCCUGAAAAAUGUCGAGAACAAGAACUGGGACUCCUGUGUCAAAAACACUACGCUGUAUGUCAGGAACUCAAACAACAAGCUUUGAUGCAACAGCAGCAGCAACGUCCAAAGAUUGUCUGGCGCGAAGAGAGUGACGACGAAGCAACCACUUAUGACGACCAUGAUGAUGAUGAUGACAUGGCAGAAAUGAAGCAACAAGAAGAAGAAGACACCAAACAUAUCCAUUGGCAAGAUUUUGAAACGCAAGUCGUUCACACCACAAUCUUGGUCCAGCCAGCAUCUGUCAAAGACGUUGAUCUGCAGCAACAACAAGAUCCCAAUGCAGAGAUUCGUUCGGCUAACACAUUUUUCCAAGAACAUUUUGAAAACUUCGAUAUUUCCAAGACUUGCGAAUCCACAAUCAUGGAAUGUCAGCCCAUUCUACAAAAUUUGAACGAUGCAUUGGUCCAGCAGCAGCAACAACAACAACAGACGAACAAUAACAACAAGACUACUUCGGAGAACAACGAGCCAGCAACAUCACACCAAGAGAACAAUGGUAUCAGCAACAUCUUGAACACUAGCGAUAUUGCGCUUCUCAAUAGUAACAUGUCUGUGGACACCAUCAGUACUCUUGGUGUACAGCACGAACAAUUCAUAUGUGGGAUUGAUCCCGACUUUGUCCAAAAGUCAAUGGAACACGAGGAGGAGGAGAGGACUAGGAUGCCAUCACUACCAACAUCAGUGACGCCAACACCAAACAAGAACAAUAAUAAUGGCAAUCAACAAAAGACUGUACGCUUUGCCAAAUUGGCCACUACUGCUGGAACACCCGACACGGCUCCUCUACAAGACGACGACAAUGAUGAAUCUCCCACUGGAUCACGACGAAACAAGAAGAAUGCUCGUCCUUCUCGAUUUGACAAUUUGAUUGGUGACUUGAGUUGUGGCAUGAUUGACAUUCUUUACACAGACUUUUCUUAUCAGGAAGAUAAUAAUGAUGAUGAUGGAGACGAGGGAGUGGCACAACCACAAGAAAAAGAAGAAUCAUCAUCAUCAAGCAAUCAACGAAAGCAACAACGAAAAGAGGGGAGGGUUGACUUGAACCAUGCCGUCCGACAACUCUUGUUCAUGUCCAUGUAA